UGUUUGUCUUCAUUCUUGACAUUUUGUGACAUUGUGGAUAAUAAAACCUAAAAUAGGGUUUAACUCAUACAAUUGUUCUUGUUUCCUUCACUCUCUCAUCUCUUAUCCAUUACCAUGGCUUCCACAUUUCUCACCAUACCAACAUCCUUCCUUCACAAAACCACCACAGCUUCUUUCUCCAACCGGAAACUCCCACUUUUGAAGAGUAACUCUUUGAAGGUUAAUGCAAUUGCCAAUAAAUGGGAACCUACUAAGGUUGUGCCUCAGGCUGAUAGGGUUCUUAUUCGUUUGGAGGAGCUAUCACAACAAACAGCUGGUGGAAUUUUGCUGCCCAAGUCAGCUGUUAAAUUUGAGCGAUACCUUGUUGGAGAAGUCCUAAAUGUUGGUGCUGAGGCUGAAAAUGUGAAGGCCGGAGCAAAGGUUCUAUUCAAUGAUGUAAAUGCUUAUGAGGUGGAUUUGGGGACUGAUGCAAAGCACGUCUUCAUUAAAUCAAGCGACUUAUUGGCCGUGGUUGAGUAGGGUUCGGGGUACUAUAUGAGACAACGAGGAACGACCUUUUUGAUAAUAAUAUAUUUAUGGCAAAUGUAUUAGGAGUAGAAUGAAAAAAUUUCAAUGAUUGGUGUUAAAAUAUUCUCUAUGUUAUUAUUAUUAUAUUAUUAUUAUUAUAAUAACAACAUUCCUUCAGAAGUUUUGGAUAUUGCAGAUGCUA